ACCACCGCAGCGGCGAGGCGGGCGCGGGGGAAAGAUGGCGACGCUGGGCGGCGAGUCGCAGCCCUUCCCCGCCGCUGCCCUGGCGGCGGUGGCGGCGGGCGGCGGCGGCGGGUCGCUGGGUUCGCAGGCGCCGCUGACCCGCGGUCUGGAGCGGGCGCUGGAGGAGGCGGCGCACUCCGGGGGGCUCAACCUGAGCGGCAGGAAGCUGAAGGAGUUCCCGCGCAGCGCCGCCGCCCUCAGCCACGACCUCUCCGACACGGUGCGCGCAGAUCUAUCCAAGAAUAGAUUAACUGAGGUUCCUAUGGAGUUGUGCCAUUUCGUGUCACUGGAAACUCUAAACUUAUACCACAAUUGUAUUAAAAUUAUACCAGAUGCAAUAGUGAACUUACAAAUGCUGACUUACUUAAAUUUGAGUCGAAAUCAGCUUUCUUCUUUGCCAGCUUGCCUAUGCGGUCUUCCUCUAAAAGUUUUAAUUGCAAGUAACAAUAAGCUAGGUUCCCUCCCAGAAGAGAUAGGUCAGCUGAAACAGUUAAUGGAACUGGAUGUCAGCUGUAAUGAAAUCACAGCUUUGCCACAGCAGAUAGGCCAGCUGAAAUCUUUGAAAGAACUGAAUAUCAGAAGAAAUUACCUCGAAGUUUUACCCCAAGAACUAGUACAGCUUCCCUUGGUAAAGUUCGACUUUUCCUGCAAUAAAGUGCUUGUGAUUCCAAUUUGUUUUAGAAAGAUGGUGCAAUUACAAGUAUUAUUGCUUGAAAACAAUCCUUUACAGUCUCCACCAGCACAAAUUUGUACAAAGGGUAAGGUGCAUAUAUUCAAAUAUCUGAGUGUACAGGCCUGUCAGAUUAAAUCAGCAGACUCACUGUAUCUUAAUGCCAUAGAACAACCGCAUUUGCCACAACCUGUGGAAGAGAGCAUUGAUGACAUCUACCCAAGUAAGAAGGACUCUGAUUCAGGUGUUGGUAGUGAUAAUGGUGACAAACGUUUGUCAGCAACAGAGCCAUCUGAUGAAGAUACUCUUAGCUUUAAUGUCCCAAUGUCAGAUAUUGUGGAAGAAGAUCAAUUUGUAAAAGAAGAUUCAAGUCACCAUGCUAACUCAAGAAAAGUGGAAUUCCAUCAGGGAUCUUCUCACUUGAUUGUCAAUGACAAGUCAAGAGAAACAGGAAACCAGUUUGCUGAUGAAUCGGAUACUCUUACUACUGAAUUUAUGAGUUACAUUAAGAGCAGAGCAGCAGAGUGUGAUGAAUUACUGAGAAUAGAAGAGGACACACAAUGGCAAACGGAAGAAAUAGUAAAUUUGCCAGAAGAACAAACAAUUGAUAUAGCAAUGAUAGAACAACUAAGAGAAGCAGUAGAUUUAUUACAGGACCCCAGCAGUCAAAUGCAGGUGGAGAUGUCCUCCCUUGGUCAGAAAGAAAAUACUGAAGAGGAACUAGAAUUUCAGAGGAGGAGGGAAUUGAUUAUGGAGAAAGCCAAGACUGAAGCAAGAAUGUGUGAACAGGGUAAAAACUGGUCAUUGAGUCAGAAUGAUGUAGUUGUUUGGAAUACAAGUGCACAAAGCUCUCACAAUGAGAACAAGGAUAAAAGUCCAACAAUGUCUCCUACUGCAAACAACAUGAUCCCCUUUGGUCUGAAGCCACGAUCAGUGUUCUUAAGACCACAGAGAAAUUUGGAAUCAAUAGACCCGCAAUUUACAAUUCGAAGGAAAAUGGAGCAGAUGAGAGAAGAGAGAGAGCUUGUGGAACAGCUACGUGAGAACAUUGAAACAAGACUAAAGAUUUGUUUGCCUGAAGACUUGGGGUCUGCCCUGAUGGAUGGUGUAGUUCUUUGCCAUUUAGUAAAUCACGUUCGUCCUCGAUCUGUAGGAAGUAUUCAUGUACCAUCACCAGCAGUACCUAAACUUAGCAUGGCCAAAUGCAGGAGAAAUGUGGAAAACUUUCUGGAUGCCUGUAGAAAACUGGGGAUACCAGAGGAGAAGCUCUGCCUACCACAUCACAUCCUAGAAGAAAAGGGCUUGGUAAAAGUGAGCAUAACAGUUCAAGCAUUAAUAGAUGUAACCACAGUGAAACAAGCUUUAUUCACAUGAAACUACUAUUUCUGCUGUAACCAGCUCCCACUGUGCCAUCCAAGAAUCAAAAUACUGCCCAUCUUUUCAAACUGCGUUGAAAAAACAGUGCUUCAAGAGUAUUCUUACACUUCUGGUGUCAAAAUCACCUUUCAGACUGUAAAGGCACGUCAAACUACAAACCAGAAUCUAAACAGGAGCAUUUUAUAGAGCAAACCGGCGCUUCACUGCUUUCAUAGCUCACUUUGUACAGUACUUACUAAAACAGCCACCUCUCUGCCACUUAAAAUUGUGUGGAGUACCGCUGUCUUGCAGCAAGAUACCUUCAUAUUAUUAAACUAAGAAUCAUCGUAAUCAUUUUGGUGGGGAAGGAAGGAGAGUAAAUCAGACUUCAACCAUAUUAGGUUUUUCUGCAGUUGCUUCAGGCCAUUGCCUUUUAAAAAUAUCCAGACAUAAAAUAUUUAUAUAAAUAUUAUUUAUUAGUGAGUUGUUAUUCAUCCUUUGGAUGCAAAAUGUAAAUUAGGAAACUGUAUUUUAUUACUGCUUUUUUGUGGUUAAACACUUUAUUUUAAUAUAAAUAUUUAGUUAUUUUUUAUUCUACUUGGUGUGCAGUAGCUCUAGAUCUCCGUAAAUUGUAUUUUCUAAUAUGUAAGAUAAAAAGUAAACAAAAUAGGUGCUUUUACUAAAAGAACAGCUAGCUGGGAUGACAUUCUUUAUUUUUGGAUUUGUGGAACAUUGGUAAAAUUUGGUCUGCAUUCCACUUAGUUUCCUACAUUCCAGUAGCACUUUUCCCUCUGCUACACUAAAUUGGCUGAAACUGAGAGCACACCCAUUUUAUUUGUAUAUAGGUGUUAAAAAAAAAAGACAUAAACUUGAAAAAAAAAAAUGUGAACAAAUAUUUUUGAUUGAUACUUAUUUUACUAUGCACAAGACAUUAAACUAUUGCCACAACAAAAUGAAUGAUGUGCAUUAGGAUCAUGUGUCUUGAAAUGUAAUUUUGCACUGUAACUUGAUUUUCUUUAAAGACUACAGCACUACAGAACAAAUAAUGAAAAAAUACAAGAACGUUAAUGAGAAGUUUCAUCAGGUAGCCAGAAAAUUAAUUUUUUUUUUCUUCAAUGAUUCCUUCAAGAGAGCCUAAAAUUAUUAAAAUUGGUAAAGGCGAUCUUAAAGACCUGAUCUUCCAGAUGCUACCUGCUGGGCGCAGUGCUUCUCCUUGGAGACUCCAUCAGUCACUUGAGUCCAGCAGUUUCCCACUGAACUAAGCACAAUGUUCUGUAGUGAAUGUUUGCAGGAUCAGACCUCUCAUCCCAAAGCAGCAAUAGGAAAAGUGACUCUUACAUUAUUAUUACUUUACAUUUUGAAGAGAUUUUUAAAAGCGUAAUUUAUUAUUAUAACAUCACGUAUAUUUUGGAUCAAAAAGUUCCAGCACAGGAACUAUCACAGUGUCUGGAACAUCCCUUUUUCUUUUAUGUGAGAAGCUAGUGAUGUAACUUCAGCAAAGGGGACAGGGAAGUUGCAUGUGGCGAAAAGGCUCGCUGUCAGGGGUCAGUGCUGCGAAUAAGCACGUAGGGUUUGAAAUGCAUUGAAACACAAGCGAGGCGAUGCGGUGGGAGAAUUAAAUAGCAGGAGAACGUGGAGAAAACGAUUGCACGAAGACUUUUUGAAAGAAGGAUGCGUACUUGUCACUGCUGCGUAUCUCGGCAGGGUUACGCGCAUGUUCACCCAGACACCGCGUUUAAAACCACCAGUAUGCCAAUAGCAGAUUUGUAAUCUUUAAUACAGUACUUGAAUGCAGACUAUGCUUUUUAACAUCACAAAUUGCCAAUGUACUGGAAUAUAUUGAUAGCAACUUGUAAGGAGGAGAAAAGUGGUCUCGUGGACAGUAAGACAUACAGUAUGCAUAGAAUAGCCAGUUACUUCAACCAAAGCAAGAGCUUUUGUUCUGUAGAGGGAACAUUGACUUAAAUUGUAAUUCUUGAUUGGCAGCUAGUAUAUUGUUUCCUAUAAAAUGUACUGUGCACUUUAACACUAAAUUAAAAUGUAUUUUAAUAUUUUACAGAGCUGCACAAAUAUCUGUUUUGUCAAAAAGCACGAACAAUGUAAAGAAAAUACAUUUUCAACUCAGAGUUUAUCAAAUUUUAAAAGCAUUCAAAGAUUGAGUAUAAAAAUAGGAAUAUUGAUUUCUGCAUCUUGAGGGAUAAAAUGCAGGUUUCCUGAGUAUUUUUUUACAAUGUAUAUAUGGCAACAUGAAGCUUUGUAAUUAUUAUUUUGACAAAUCUUGUUUUUCAUAAUUAAAUUUGUUUUCUCCUGAUAACGUCUUUCAGUAAUUGCUUCAAGUUGGCUGUAAAUAGCUCUAAAUAUUUUGUAAUACAGCUUUUUUUAUGCAGUCUUAACCUGUACGGCUAAAAAAAAAAUCUUCAUGAAUCUUUGUACACUAUUUAUAUGUGCAAUAAAACAUGCAUGGCAAACCUAUAGUACCAUAAGCAGUGAACAUAAUGUAUAUAGAAAGUCUUUACUGUAGUUACAAUUAAACUAUAUUAUUUGUAGAAACCAACUACUGACUACCCCUGUGACUGACAGUUUAUUGUAAAAAGAUGUUUGGAGAGCUUAAAAUUGUGAACGAUGGACAAAGUAUUUCGGGUUGGAGUUGAUGACUAGAUUACACAAAUAAAGGUA